AUGGCAACCGACGAGCCAGCGCCAGGGCAGGUCUACGGCGUCGACAUCGGAUCGUCGCUGGCCGAGCCCGCCGAGGACGCGCGGCCGAGCUUGCACUACUGCUUCCGCUACGAGUUCCAGCCGGCCUCCGUCGACACGAGCGUCUGUGGCCUCGUGACCGCCGACGCCGCCAGCAGCGUCACUGUUUCGGUCGCCAAUGCCAGCGGCGGCAUCCAGUUCAAGGGCAAAGUGGCCGAGAGCAAGGACGUCGAGUGCAUCCUGAUCUUUGACCCGGCGACGCAGCGCUUCACGCUUGAGAAGCUGCCGUGGUCCUGCACGCAGCUACGCCACGUCCGCCAGAGCAGUCGCAUCAGCAAGGCGCCCGUUGUUGCACCGCCCAAGCUGCUCGGCGCGAAGCGAAAGCGUGGCGCUGUCGAUUCUUAG